AUGCCAGGGCUGGUCAGGGGCUUCAGUUGUACUGGAGCACUUAGAUAUCAUCAACGAAUUCACACAGGGGAGAAACCAUUUAAAUGUAUAGAGUGUGGAGAAAGCUUCUUUUACAAUGGAAGACUUAGGAUACAUCAGCGAACUCACACGGGGGAGAAACCAUUUAAAUGCAUUGAAUGUGGAAGGAGCUUCAGUCAAAAUGGAGCACUUAGAAAACAUCAACGAACUCACACGGGGGAGAAACCAUUUAAAUAUAGUGAAAGUGGAACAAUUAGAAAACAUCGACGAACUCACACGGGGCAGAAACCAUAUGAAUGCAUUGAAUGUGGACAGAGCUUCAGACAAAUUGGAGCACUUAUAACACAUCAACGAACUCACACAGGGGAGAAACCAUUUAAAUGUAUUGAAUGUGGAAAUGGCUUCCGUCUAAAUGCUCACCUUAGAAGCCAUCAACGAACUCACACGGGGGAGAAACCAUUUAAAUGCAUUGAAUGUGGAAAGUUCUUUAGUCAAAGUGGAGCACUUAGAAUCCAUCAACGAACUCACAUGGGGCAGAAACCAUUUGAAUGCAUCGAAUGUGGAAGGAGCUUCAGUUGUACUGGAGCACUUAGAUAUCAUCAACGAAUUCACACAGGGGAGAAACCAUUUAAAUGUAUAGAGUGUGGAGAAAGCUUCUUUUACAAUGGAAGACUUAGGAUACAUCAGCGAACUCACACGGGGGAGAAACCAUUUAAAUGCAUUGAAUGUGGAAGGAGCUUCAGUCAAAAUGGAGCACUUAGAAAACAUCAACGAACUCACACGGGGGAGAAACCAUUUAAAUGUGUUGAAUGUGGAACGAGCUUCAGUCGAAAUGGAACACUUAGAAGACAUCAACGAACUCACACGGGGGAGAAACCAUUUGAAUGCAUUGAAUGUGGAAAGAGCUUCAGUCAGAUUUCAGCACUUAGAGUACAUCAACGAACUCACAUGCAGCAGAAACCAUAUAAAUGCAUUGAAUGUGGAAAGAACUUCACUGAAAGUGGAGCCCUUAGAAGACAUCAACGAACUCACACGGGGGAGAAACCAUUUAAUUGUUUUGAAUGUGGGAAAAACUUCAGUGUAAGUGACACACUUAGAAAACAUCAACGAACUCACACGGGGGAGAAACCAUUUCAAUGUUUGGAGUGUGGAAAGAACUUCAGCCAAAGUGGACACCUUAGGAAACAUCAGCUAACUCACACAGGAAGAGAACCACAGAUGUAGGGAAUGUGGAAAGAGCAUGAGGGAGUGGAGACCUUCAUAUUCAUAAGCGCAUUCACUGGUGAAAAGCCUUAUAAAUGUAUGCAGGGUUCCACUCAAGGCUUACUCUUACAAGAAACUCAUAAAGGGGGAAAUAAAUUUUAAAUACAUGGAACCCCUGUGAUGUUCUGGUGUUUGUAUUCAAAUUUGUAUACACAUAUAUAUGUAUUAAAGUAAUGAAGGUCACAUAUACUAAAUGUAGAAAAGAAGUUGCAAGUUGUUGCUAGAUAAACGGGGCGAGAGUGUGAAUCUGGAA